AUGGCCGAUAAUACAGACGCGCUUGCUCCCAGAGAGGAGGAGCAUGACCCCCAUUUCGAGCCCGUAAUCAAGCUCACAGAGCAAGUCGAAACAAAAACUAUGGAAGAAGAUGAGGAAGUGCUCUUCAAAAUGCGUGCCAAAUUGUUCCGUUUCGAUAGCGGGGCGUCAGAGUGGAAGGAAAGAGGGACGGGUGAUGUUCGCCUCUUGGCUCAUAAAGAGACCAAGAAGGUCAGACUCGUAAUGAGACGUGAUAAAACACUCAAAGUCUGCGCCAACCAUAUCAUCUCCGCCGACAUGCGUCUGCAGCCCAAUAUCGGUUCUGAUAGGUCCUGGGUGUGGAAGGUCGCUGCCGAUUAUGCUGAGUCCCCAGCUACCCCCGAAACCCUUGCCAUACGAUUUGCCAACGCCGAAAACGCUGGUGAAUUCAAGAAGGCUUUCGAAGAGGCCCAGGUAUCGAAUGCUGCAAUCGCAUCUGGUGGUGCCAAGGAGGAGUCAGAGACAAAAGCUGAGGAGAAGACCGAAGAGGAGGAGAAGAAGCCUGAGGCUGAGGCUGAGACUGAGGAGAGCAAGGACACCAAGGAGGAGGCUAAGGAAGAGAAGACCGAAUGA